AUGUCUCCCGCCGCCGGUGCUGGCUCUGCCACCAAGGAUGUUAAGAAGGAAUCCGCGACUGCCCGACUUUUGGGUUCGGGAAGCGCUGGUAUUGCCGAACUGAUGGUCUUCCAUCCCGUUGAUACCACCGCGAAGCGAUUGAUGAGCAACCAGUCCAAGAUCUCUUCGGCCAAAGAUAUGAACAAGGUUGUUUUCAAAGAAUACGCCGAUGCCACUGUUGGUCGCAAGUUCACCUCGCUCUUCCCCGGAUUGGGAUAUGCUGCCGGUUACAAGGUUCUUCAGAGAAUCUACAAGUACGGUGGCCAGCCGUUUGCACGAGACUACUUGGCCAAGCACCACGGUAGCGACUUUGAUAAUGCUUUUGGAAAGGGAACCGGAAAGGCCAUCAUGCACGCGACUGCCGGAAGUUUGAUUGGUAUCGGAGAGAUCGUCCUCCUUCCUCUCGACGUUCUGAAGAUUAAGCGUCAGACUAACCCCGAGGCUUUCCGUGGACGUGGUCUCUUCAAGAUCGUUGCUGACGAGGGAAUGGGACUUUACCGUGGCGCCGGCUGGACUGCGGCUCGUAAUGCCCCUGGAUCUUUUGCGCUCUUCGGUGGUUCUGCAUUCGCCAAGGAAUACAUCUACAGCUUGAAGGAUUACAACACGGCCACAUGGGGUCAGAACUUUGUCGCCUCAAUUUGCGGUGCUAGUGCUUCUUUAGUGGUGUCUGCUCCCCUGGAUGUGAUCAAGACUCGUAUCCAAAACCGCAACUUCGAGAACCCGGAAUCUGGCUUCCGCAUCGUAUCCAACAUGGCCAAGAACGAGGGUUUCGGCAGUUUCUUCAAGGGACUGACUCCCAAGCUGCUGAUGACCGGACCCAAGCUCGUUUUCAGCUUCUGGCUGGCUCAGACUCUGAUCCCCGCGUUUGGACAAGUCGUAUAG